CCCUUCCUUCUCCGCCUCUCCCACCCACCCAUGGCGGUUUGAUCUGAUCCCCUCCCACACCCGCACCACUUCCUCCCCCAACUCUCCCUCCCUCCGCCGCUGCCCCCAACCGAAGCACGCGGCACCCAGCACCUUCUCGCUCUCCGCCUCCUCCGCACCGGAGAUCCGUCUCUGCUGAUCAGAUUUGUGGACAUGGCUGAUAAUGAGAAAGAGGUGGGAGAGGGAACCACCCCCCGUGGGGCGGACUGGGAAGUGGUGACUCUCACAGCGUCCGCCUAUGAAGCGGCGCCCGGGCCUGCUGGAACGGAAGCAAAGCCUGUUAAUGAAGAGCACAGUUCAUCCAAUGAAUUGCUCAUGUCUGGUCACUUUGUGUUUCCGCCCAGUGAGCACGAGAACCUGCCGAUACAGACCAGUUUUGAGGAGAUACAACCAGAGAAAGAUGUGCAGGAAGUUAGUACCGGUGUGGAAGAUUAUAGUAUCAAGAAUGAUGCUGGGUCUGAGAGAGUUCAGUUCUAUGAUGAAGGGAGAAACCUCUCAGCUGAUGACGUAGAGAUGAGAGAAACCUCUCACGAUGAAGAUGAUGGCCAUGGUUUUGUUGCUCAGGAUGAUGACAAUGAGGCUGGUGAUGGUUCUGAUGAACAAUCGGGCCAGCCUUUUAAGCCUGCAGACAGCAAGAGCCAUGAUGCUGGUGCUUCAUGUAAAUGCUGGUUGAAGAAGCACAUGACAUGCCUGUAUCACCAAGCCAAGGAAACAAAUGCUAUCUGGUCUGUGGUGGUUGCAGCUGCCCUGGUUGGAAUUGUGAUUUUGGGGCGUUGGCACAAAGAUAAAUUGCACCUUGGCCACCUUAAGUGGCGCUCGGGCUCAGCAGUAAGAGGAUGAUCAACAAGUGGUCUUAGUUGACACAAAGCUCUGAUGAGUCUUCACAAGUCACCUCAAGUCGUAACCAAGAUGGUGGAUGCAAUAUGAUUGUGACGGUGACGAAAAGGAGUACGGGCAAUGUAAUAAUAUGAUGUUUGACUAGAAUUUUAUUUGCAGCCUACAAUGAAUGCUGGGGUUCUAAGAUGUCAAAUUCAAUCCGACCAUUCGCAUCAUCUUACCUCUGUACUUGCAACCUGAGCACCUGGCACAUUAUUUUAAGUUCCUGCUACUUUUGCUGUGAUAUAAGUUUUAACCGAUCCCCGAUGUGGCUGUAAAAUAUAGAAUUGCAUACUGCAAAGUCUGUUAGAACUUGGUUGUUCAGUGAGGGCAACUGAAAUGCAUUUGUGCUUUUGCUUGUGGCAAUGGAAAACCUGGAAAUGUUUGGCUUCUAAUUUGUAA